AUGCCUCGUCGAUCCGUCAACUCUUCCGCCAACGACCCCUCCAACGCGCAGUCCACCUCAUCCAACUCUGGAAAGGGCGGUAUCGCCUUCAAGGCGCCCACAAUCAAACCUAGUCUUCUGAGCCAAUUAUUCUCAACCUCUCCUAAGUCCAAAUCCGACUCUCAGUCUGCGAACGCGACCGCCAGGGGAGCUAGUGGGAACGCUCAUCCUACUUCGAUCAGCUCGGCUUCACUGUCCUUACCGACUAUUUCUCUCUCUACUGCUACCGCGGGCAACCCCAAUAUGGACGAACCGCCGACUACGCUCUUUCAGCCCCCCUCGCCUGAAGAGGCUCGUCGCCAGGCCAAGGCAAACGCGCAAUUUGGCACCAUCGGCCAUCCCAGCCACCGGUAUUCCAGUCAACAUCCUGGUGGUGUCUUUCCCGAGCCGAUAAUGGAUGAGCCUCCCUAUUAUUACCUUCUUACCACCUACAUUAGUUACCUAAUCCUAAUUGCAUUUGGACAUGUCCGUGACUUCUUCGGCAAACGCUUCCGUGAAGAGAAUUACAGACACUUGAAACCCCGGAAUGGAUAUGGUGCCCUCAACAGCGACUUCGACAAUUUUUACGUCCGUCGUCUCAAGCUGCGCAUUAAUGAUUGUUUUGAGCGCCCUGUGACGGGUGUACCCGGAAGAUACAUUACGCUGAUCGACCGUGCAACUGAUGAUCACAACAAGCACUUCUACUUCACCGGAACCACCACCGAUACGCUCAACCUGAGCUCGUACAAUUACCUUGGUUUUGCGCAGUCUGAAGGCCCAUGUGCAGACCUCGCCGAGGAGUCAAUUAGGAAAUAUGGCAUCACCGCUCCUAGCACCCGAGCGGAGGUUGGCACACAAGAUCUUCACAUGGAAGUUGAAGAUCUUGUCGCCAAGUUCGUGGGCAAGGAAGCGUCAAUGGUCUUCUCUAUGGGAUUCGGCACUAAUGCAAACAUUUUUCCUGCUCUGGUCGGCAAAGGUGACCUAAUCAUUUCCGAUGAGCUGAAUCACGCGUCAAUCCGCUUCGGUGCACGUCUUUCUGGGGCAUCUAUUGGUAUGUUCAAGCACAACGAUAUGAAGGACCUGGAGAAUAGGCUUCGGGAGGCUAUCAGUCAGGGUCAGCCCCGUACUCAUCGCCCCUGGAAGAAGAUCUUGGUCGUUGUGGAAGGUCUUUAUUCUAUGGAAGGGUCGAUGUGCAACCUCCCAGGCUUGAUAUCUUUGAAACGGCGAUACAAGUUCCAUCUUUUUGUUGAUGAGGCUCACUCAAUUGGUGCCAUUGGACCAAGAGGCCGAGGUGUUUGUGACUACUUCGGCAUCGAUACAAACGAAGUGGAUAUCCUCAUGGGAACCCUCACAAAGUCUUUCGGUGCUAACGGAGGGUAUAUUGCUGCCGAUAAGAACAUGAUCGAUCAGCUUCGUGCAGCGAAUUCUGGAGUUAUCUACGGAGAAUCGCCAGCCCCGGCAAUCUUGUCUCAAAUCUCGUCUGCUCUUCGUAUCAUCAACGGCGAAAUCAUUCCUGGUCAAGGUGAAGAGCGACUGCAGCGUUUGGCUUUCAACUCCCGAUACCUUCGUCUGGGCCUGAAACGUCUUGGCUUUAUAGUGUACGGCCACGACGAUUCACCAAUUAUUCCAGUGCUGCUGUUCAACCCUGCUAAGAUGCCAGCCUUCUCCCAUGAAAUGCUCAAGCGAAAGAUUUCUGUUGUCGUUGUUGGUUAUCCUGCUACACCCUUGGUCUCCUCCCGUGCUCGUUUCUGUGUUUCUGCUGCGCAUACUAAAGAAGACCUCGACCGGGUAUUGACCGCCUGUGACGAGAUUGGCAAUGUCCUGCAGCUCAAAUUCUCGACUGGUGUUGCCGGCGGAGCCGUCACAUCGAAUGAAGACGUGACUCCUCCUCCAGAGAUGGAGAAGGAAUGGCACCGGAAGCGAGAUCCCGUUACUCCUCCGCGGUGGCGUAUCGAGGACGUUAUCAGGCGCGGUGUCCAGGACGCCAAAGGUCCGUUGUAUUAG